CUUAUAGUAGUUUGAACAGCGUUUUACGAUGUUUCCAACUCAUCUUUCUGUCAAUGACCUGGGUGUGUUUGCAGUGGCGAUGGUUUUUGGACUAAUAGUCGUUCUUCUUUUCAUGUUUGACUUUGUAAGUAGACACUGGCGCGUAUUAAUAAGCUCACAGCUGAGCUGUAGUCCUUUGGACGACUAAAGGUCAAUUUAAUUAGCGAGCAGAGUCGGAGUCAGAGAUCAUCAAAGUGUAGUAUUUAACAAAUCUGAAUGCCAGCUUAAUCAGGCCACCGUAGUUCAAUUUUGAAUAGAGAUUUAGAGAGUGACAUACGCAGAGAUUCCAACCCCAUGUGAUUGAAAAUAGGGAGUAAUUAUUAGCGCCGAAGGCGCGAGCUUCUAGGGGGGUCCGGGGGCAUGCCCCUCCGGGGAAAUUUUGCAAAUUUAGGUUCUCUCAAGCGCCAUUUCCUGAAUUUUGACAUCAUUCCGGCCUGAGUUAUUCUAUAAGGUCUAUUCUCAUCAGACGGUCAUAACAUACCAUAAUGCUCUUCGCGAAGAAAGUAAGUAUAAUAUGAGUGUUUCACAGUAACAGAUCGCCAAAAAUUUUAAAGAUUAGCAAUUUUUCCCUAGUUUUCAGAAUUUUAUAAUAAAUCAGGAGAAUUUGGUAAAAAUCGGGAGAGCGGGAGGCAAGACAUCAAAUCGGGAGGGUUGGAAUCUCUGCAUAUGGAGCGCGCUUUCAUAGCUGGUGUAGAUAUUUACCCAUGACGUGCAGGAGGGUAAAACCCUUGUGAGGGGAGUUGGGGGCGGGGGGUACUUGACCAAUAUUUGGGUAGAGGCGAGCCGUUGAGGGUUUGAAACCGUGACCCUGUUUAGGAGAAAAAAAUCCCAAAAUUCUUACCCUGUUUAUGACAACACCCUCAAUUUAAUUAUCCGGUUUAGGACAAAUGACAAAGUGAACGCUGUCUUGUUUUAAAUUGAUUUAUGUUUAGCAAUUGCAAUUGAGGAAAUUCACAUUAUUUCUCUUGAAGACUUGGAGCACAAACAAAUUCAUCAAAUAAAUCAACUCAAUCUUGCAGGCAAUUUCCUGUUUAUACAUGCAAAUUCUCCCAGAUUAUCCGGGAGUCUCCUGGAUACGGCACUGAUCUCCUGCUCUCCCUUACAGGUCACCAUAUCUCCCAUCUUCUGUGCUUUAGUAUGAGAUUUAGUCCAUUUUAAGCUCAAAACUUGAAUUUUUCUUCUUCGCAGUAUGGUUUCUGGAGCAUUUUUGCACGUAUUUAGUCGCUGUCAAAGAAUAUUUCUGACAACAAAACAAUGAUUGCGAAUUUUGAUAGUACAUACUUCUUGUAAGACUUCAUAUAAUGCCCUAAGUCAUUCACAUUGGGGGCUGGAUCAAUUUGUAAGAUCACAUUUGAAUAGGUUAUGUGGUAUAAUGCAAGAACUCUUCCUUUCAUAAAUUCCUUUGACUGUUUAAUACAAGAAAAUGCAAUCAAUUGUUUCCUUUAGAAAGGAAGAUCAAAAGGUCCAGCAAUUCCAGGAGAAGAGCCAUCAGACUCAGAGUAAGUAAUUAUCCAGUUGACUGACAUGUCUAUGGAAGGGACUCUGGGACCUACAACAAAAUUUGUUGUACCUUAGGUACCUUGAAGAUCGAGGUUUCAAUAGUUUUACAAAUAUUUUUCUAAAACUAUGAGUUAUUCAAACACAAUGCUGGUUUGGUUUGUUAGCUUGAACCCACACUUUUAGAUUUUUAUUUGAAUAUUUGAUUUUGGGCAUGGAAAGUUCUCAGGACUUGGGAAAUGGGCCUCUUGCCUUAGUUUUAGGUCAAACGGACAAAUACAUACUGGUACAACGACAACAACAACAACUGGCACAUAACUAUAUACCGUAAAAUUCCAAAAAUAAGCCCCGGGGCUUAUAUUUUUCAAAGGCCCUUUUUGAGGGGCUUAUUUUUGGAGGGGCUUAUAUUUGGAGGGGCUUAUCUAUGUAGGGGCUUAUCUUGGAGGGAAAUUUGCGUUUCAAAAUCGAUUGGGCUAGCCUUAUAGUUGGAAGGAAAUUUACCGUUUUUACUUUGUUUUACUUUGUAUUUGAGGGCAAUUUCCAAGUACAAGCCCCCAGGGGGCUUAUAUUUGGAGGGGCGAUUUAAUGGAGGGUUUUUUGCAUUAUGAGUUUGGGGGGCUUAUAUUUGGAGAGGCUUAUAUAUGGAGGGGCUUAUUUUUGGAAUUUUAUGGUAGCUUAUAAAAGGGAGUAUCCCCUCCUCCCCCGGAGAUAAGGUACUUUAAUGUGUUAAAUUAAAUUUUAAAUCUGUUGGCGAUCUCUUUCAUGUUUUAAAGGAAACAAUUAAUGCGAAGCUCCUUACUGGAACUUUUUUUUGUCUUAAACUAAUUUCAUUUCUGUCUAUUCCAACUUGAUAUGUAUAGUUAGUUAAAUUGGGAAAAAAAUUUCAGGACUUUGUCUUUUCUUAGUUUUCAUUUUUUCGUUUCUUGUUAUGUUUGGUGCAUUUUUGUGCAAAACAUAGCAAGAAAACAGCACAAAGAUUGCCAUUAUUUGUGAAUUUACCGUAUAGCAUGAUGCCUUGUCUUGUUAUUUUAAGGUCAGCUGUUGUUUGUGAUUAUGUAGGAAAGGCAUAUGAGUGGUCAUGAAAACCAAAGCAUAAUUCCCACAUGUAACUGAACAACAUGCACUUGUUGUAAGCUUUCUUUUAACAGAAAACAACAACUGGGCCACAUAAUAUAAUAUAUUUGCAGAAUGGGAAAUCUUCUUGACAUGGGAAAAGCUGGAAGUCUCCAUGAAUACUUGAUGUUAUUACAUGAGAAAUAUGGCAGUAUAGUAGGCUUCUGGUGGGGCAAGAAGUAUGUUGUCAGUUUGGCUUCUCCAGAGUAUUGGAAAGAAGUAAACCACAUCUUUGACCGACCACGUAAGUAUGAAAACCAGCAUAAACUUCUAAGUAAACUAUUGCCGUGUUUCUUUUACUGGUAUGCUUGUCUAGUCUUUAGAAUGACUUAUACGCAAUCAUAUAAUGAGUUUUCUUUCUGAUAAUAAGUUAUAUUUGAUUAUUAAUCAACAUGGCUUCAGAACACUUUGCUCAUGUGUAACUGAGCUGCUCCAGCUUGUCCACGAGUGGCUUAGUAUUCUUGAUGAGCAUGGCUCUGUGGAUGCAAUAUUUAUUUUUCUAGACUUUGCAAAAGCCUUCAACAAAGUGUCCCAUCAACACCUGCUACUAAAGUGUCAACAUCAUGGAAUCAAGGGUCAAUAUAUAUAUUUUUUAUUAUUGGAAUGGAUCUCAGAUUUCUUGACUAAAAUAAGUGCAUUAGAUCAUAUUUAAAUGAUAUUUUGCACCUUACAAAUAAUAAAUUUAUUAUUAUUUAUUAAGCAGACAAAGGGUAGUAAUCGAUGACUAUUCUUCCAGCUGGUCUGAGGUAACACCUGGUGUGCCUCAGGGAAGUAUUUUGGGACCUUUGCUCUUUCUCGUUUAUAUUAAUGACUUUCCUUUCAUAGUUAUUGUAAUAAUUGUGGAGUCUUUGCUGAUGACAGUAUUGGAUUGUGCAAAUAUUCAAACUUACCUCUACUUUAGUGCCAACUCUGGCUUGUUACUCUGAAGUCUGAAAAGUCUAAGGUCCUACACCGAUUGAGAUCCAAGGACCCUUACCAUCAUGAGAACUUUUUGUCUGACAAACCUCCAGUAGAAUACCACUGGCUGGAGUCUUCCCUGUCAUGGGAUUACCAUAUGAAUUGAUCUGGGGUAAAGCUAAUAACGUUCUGGGUUUGAUAAGGCUUAAAAUAAUUCUGAAGGAGUCUCAACAGCCUAUAAGACUUUAGUGCAUCCAAUUUUGGAAUAUUGUUGUCAGGUCUGGAAUCCUUAUUUAGUGAAGCACAUCAAUAGUAUAGAGUCCAUACAGAGGCAAGCCACCUGUAUCGUUUGCGGAUCAGAAAAAGUGUAAGGAAGAGGAAGGGGAAGGUUUAAAAGUGACGCUAGUAUCUCAACUUUUACCUUUCCCCUUAUCUCCUCUCCUCUUGUUUUGCUUUCUUGACCAGUUUUUUCUUUCGCUGAGCAUUCAUUUAUGUCAAAGAUGUCUUUGAUCAUGAAAACUAUGUAACGGUAACCCUGCCUCCUUGCUGGGUACUAAAGAUUCUAAUCUUAGUACCAAACUUGGAUAACUUUAAAGGAGCUGUGUCACGAAAUUCAGUCAAAUUAGAAAAACUUUAUAGGAAGGUUAAAAUAACAUAACAGAAACAACAGAUUCCAUGGAUGGACAAGACUGAAGAAGACUGAAACGGAUUGAAAUUAGGGUUUUUGAAAACUGUUCAGCCUAACAGUUUUUCAAAGUUGAUCUCUGCUGCUUGCAACUUCAAAAAUAAUGCUCAGGAGACAUAUUUGUUUGUCUCGAAUCUCUGAUUUUGUCAUUUGCAUGUCACUUCUUUGCUUACUUUAAGUUCCAUAGCCAUUGAGGGCGAGUAAUUGGAAAAAUUAAACAAAAUGAAAAACAUUACUUCAGGACUAUGAGAUAGUAAAAUUAGCAUUACCAGUUUUCAGUACAAACCUGAGGAUUUUUUUGUUUGAAUGUGCAGUGUGCUAGAGUCUUUUUCCUUUUGCAGCGGAUCUAUUCAGGAUGUUUGAACCCCUUAUUGGUAAACAGAGUAUUCAAUAUGCGAAUGGUCCAGGUGGUCGAAAGAGGCGUCAGCUCAUGGAUAGAAGCUUUAGUCAUGAAGCUGUAAAAGAUUACUAUGAACACUUUGUCAUGGUGAAUAUAAGUUGUUUAAGUUAAAUAUUAGCGGAAUAUCUGCGCAUGCAAAGUGUGCACAGCAGAAUUUUUAUUGGUAUUUUAUUGGAAACCUAUCAAUGCAGGUAAAUUUGGUAAUGACGUCAGCAUACUCACCCCCCCCCUCCCCCGUCUGCUUGUACAGACUGUGGGGAUAGGAGAGGGGAAGAGAUUCCCAAACAUACACAGCAUGGCUUAUGAAUUUCAACGAAAACUUCUGAAAAAAAUUUUUUAAGGAUUUGGUUUUAGCUUGGGUCAUGAUUUUGGUCAUGCUCAGAUUGGUCAAUGUUUUGACAGGUGAAUUCAUGCAUAAGAAUUAUGCAGCAUACAUAUUGAAUUUUGUUUACCGACAAUUGAACUCAAGCUUUUGUAUCAUAUAGUUUUUAACAUUUUAUGUACUUCUAUGGUGCCACUACAGAAUGAACAGCUAGGAAUUUAUUUUUGGUUCCAUUUUCUUUUUGUUUGUUAUUGAAGUAGCCAGAGGUCAUCUGAUAGUAGCUGGGUGAAAUCCCUGGUCUCCUGCUCUUAGCAGCUACCUUUAAUUGUCCUUUACAUGUAACUUUUCUACUUUUUUUCUUUUACUUAUUAUAUUAUUUAAUUUCUUCAUGUGAUUUGAAAAGAUUGCCAAAGAAACUGCAGACACCCUUGCAAAAUACAGCCCUGAAGAACAUAUUCCUUUGGGAAAAGUCAUGGUGGCCAUGGCAAUCAAGGCAAUAUCUGUGGCAGGAAUGGGCCGUGAAUUUUUUGACAAGAAGGAAAUAGAAAAACUAGAAACAGCCUAUGAAGUGGUGAGAAUUGGAGUUCAUUGACUUUUACAAAAUAUUGUCGAUAGUACUUUGUUGUCUACUUUAUUGUAACUCACAUAAAACAAUAAGUAAUCGGAAAUUAGAGAACUGCAGUUGGUUUGAAAAUAAGACACAGAAGUUUUCAUACAAUAGAAAUUGUAAUGAACAUUGAACAAACAUCAGAGAAUUCAGAGACUCUAUAACUAUUGUAAUAUCAUCAGUGAUUGUGUUACCUCUGUGUCCUCUGUCCGUGGCGUAUAAAAAGCCCCAAAGACAUCAAGAAUUAUUCAUGGGAUGCAAAGAACAAUCGAUUGAUUUGAAGAUUUUUUGAACGAAUGUCCUGUUCAUGUGAUUUCUGUGGCUUUGUUUGAAGAUGCGUGUUUAUUUUAGUCUUUUUUUGUGCUGUUUUAAAAUAUAUAGAAAGACUAUACUUUAAUAUUAGUAAACUGUAAUAUAAAGAGUUUUGGCAUCUGUCCCCAGAUUAACUGUCUGGUUACCAUUUUCAAUUUAGGGUAUCUUGUUUUUUUGAACUGGGACUCAUUGGUUACGGACAGCAACUCAUGAUUUUUCACAAGAUGAGUCCCAGGACUCACCAUAACUAUUUGUAACAAAAUCACUCUGUAUAUAGUGUAAAUUGUUUUAUUCUUUCUGUUUUAGUGUUGGAAUGAGAUGGAGGCCAGAUUGACAGGUCCUGCUCCUGAACUUGACAGCCAGAGAGAAAAAGAUUUCCAAGGAGGUAUCUUUUAUUGAAAUAAUAUGGUAUUUUUUUGUUUCAAUGCUAUAACUGUUAUUUCAAACCUAGCUGCUAAUCCCAUUUUGCUACUUUUCACACAGGUUUCUUUGCUGUGUAAAUUUUGUACAACUGUGUAAUACUUUGUAGUAUGCACCAUGUACCUCAAAAGCAUUGUGAUUACAUCACCAUGCAAAGACUGCAAAGAAAGUAGUGUCCAAUAGCUGCUGGUGAAUUCUGUUCUAAACUUGCCUGAUGGGCAAGUGAGGUUUUUUGGGAAUUCAAAUUGUGGAAGUACCGUUAUCAAUCCUGCUCAUCAAAAAUGUUUUCCAGGCUAGUUGAAAUGACUUUUGGGCUAGUACAUGCUAGCCGCAGCUUUCUCCAAUGACAAGCUGUAAAAUUGACUUUCUUUGCACCCAGCUGCCUGCUAUAUGCAGUUCAUCCCUCACUUCCCAUGUAGUGAGGGAACAUUGUCCUAAGCAAAUUGUUAGAUGAGGGACUAGUGACACUAGUUCAUUUUUAGCCAGACUUGUAGAUCUAGGGUUUUAACUUAAUGAGAGAUUCUUUAAAGAUAUGAGGUGUGUGGGAUGAAGAGAAGGUAACUUGGGUACAAAGAGAGAAACUGCAGUUGAGUGCUUUGACCAGACCUUAAAGUAACUAUACUUUUCCAGACCAAGAGUUACCGGUCUCAGUUUGGACCUAAAAUCGGUGACUGCACUUCUAAGCUUUCCACUGAUGAUGUGUGAACUAAAGCCUUGCAUCACGGGUAGUCCCAUUUUUGUGUUUGAUUUUCUCAUUAUGUCCAUUUGAAAUGAUCACUUACGAAAGUUAUGUCUCUGUACAUGACCAAAUUUAUCUUGACAAGAAAAUUGAGACCUUUUUGCUUUUUUGUAACCUGACAUCAGGCCUAAUUUGAGCAGCUCUCAUACAUUCUUUCUCAUGUGGUCGUGCUAAAAUAUUUAUUUAUUAUUGAUUUAACUUGGCAGCGAGGGCAGCUUUGCAUAGUCUUGUGAAGGACUUCAUAAGGAAGAGACGAGAGGAUGAGGAAAAAGCAGAGAAAUUAUUCAUUGAUUCUCUUUUGGAUUGUGAUUUCAUGGAUGAAGACGAGGUCUGUUUGUACUUAUCUUUUUUUAGACUGUCACUCCUGAGGUUCAGGUGUGGCCAAUCAAAUGAAAGCUCAUCAGCAGUACUAUUACAUGGUAAAUAAUAAUGUUACAACUAGCUAGAUACAACUUUUAUGUCUGUGGAUGAAAUUUUAUGGUGUGACUGUUUAAAUUAGUGUGCAUUAAAAUAUUAUUUUGACAGUCACCUUCACAUUAAAUUUUGCUCCUCAUGCCAAAUAUAGCACUUUGCACUAUUACUAAAAAUAGACUUUGUGACAGUAGAGCCCCCGCGUGACUCAGACAAAUCAAAUCUGUAGCUUGCUCUCUCUUAGUGAUAAAUUAUACUGAAACAUAUCAUAACAUUUCUGACUCAGUGAGACGGUCAUCCCAAAAUCAUACGUGCUGAUGAGAAAAUAGAGUUUGUAUGGGCUUUUUGCAAAAAUAUUUGUGUAAAGCAUAGUUAGCACACCAACAUGAGCCCAAACUGGAAAUUGUUUAUGAUGUUUGUUUGUUUGUGUGAACAGGUUGGUACCAAUGUCAACAGCAUAAUGGUAUUUUAUACCCUGUAGCAGUGUAAUAAGGGUAUUCAUUGCACUAGAAAAAGUUAGCAUUCUCUGCCUUUUUUAUCAUAAUCUUUUUUAUGGACAGCUUUGCCACUCUUCUCUUUCUACAUUCUUUGCUGAAUGGCUUAUUAUAUUAGUGUCUAUGCCAUAACAUAUAAUAUUCUACCAACCAUGGUAUGAAACUGCCAUUAGGAAGUAAUAUCACUCAUCUGCAGAUUAUUUCCACAUUUAAACUUAGUCUUAGGAGCUCAUGUUAAUUAUUUUCAAGAUAUAUCAUCAAAACCAAGCCGAAUUUGAAAUAUUUUCUUGACAAUAAAAACCUUCAAAGAUGAUCUAAAACUGAAAGCAAAUUUGACUUUCCCGUACAGAAUUCUUAUAGGGAUUAUUGGUUCAAUGUCUGAGUCACAGCAGGAACCAGAAAUUUAUGAUGUCAUUAGUGCAAAGCACUGUUAGGGCCUUGGUCUUGUAGUAACAGUAAUAAAUAAAUACAGCGAUGGCAUUCCCAGAGAUGACAUUAAUGUCAUAACUUACUUGUAAAUAAAGUUGCUACUUUCAUGUUGAUAUUCCUUAGGUUUCUAAAAUAUUAUAUUUCAUUUCUUUUGUAGAUUUGUGACAACGUUAUAAGUUUUCUUAUUGGAGGCUUCCAUACAACAGGAUAUAGUAAGUUAAUGUGUGUUCCAUCUUGUGUUUCUUGAUGCAAGAAAUUCUCUUUAGCUACUGCAACCUAUACAGUGUACAGAGGAUUUAUUUAAAGGGCAGAAUGCACAAAGGUGUUUUUUCUAUUGUAGUAAUUAAAGUGCAAGCUGAUCAUUAGGGGGUGUAUUUGGCAGGAUGAGUACAUGUGACUCUAGCAGGAAUUCUUUCCCCUCUUUUGAAAGCAGCUUAAAGCUCUAGUGUGCAGCUCAGCUUACAACUUCUCACUGCUAAACCUCAACUCUAAUGCUGUUGCUGUGGCACACCGAUUGGUAAAAAGCUGAUCCCAUCUUCAUAGCUUGCCGAGAACUGCUUGCAGCUCCCAGCCAACAGCUACCACAUGUGUAUAGUGGAGCUGUCUCUUAAAAAGUGCUUUGCACUCACCUCACCACAAAAGGCAGGGUCUGUGAUUGUAAGUGAGACUGUGCUGGAUAUGUCAUGCUGAUGAGUGCUAACAAGGACAAAACAGCUGUCCAUGGCUGCCACUCCUGGGGUGAUAUGGUUGUGUGCAAGCGCAAGGUACUGGCCAUACCGCAGAGUUGGUAGUGUGUGCUUCAGUGCAUAAUAUUAUUGUGGUCUUAUAGAGGAACUGUUUGUUGACCAUGGGAAAUUCUCCAGCCCUUCCUGUUGCUGGCUCACGUGGGUCAAACACACUGACACAAAUGUUGAGGAGAAAAUGAAAGUAACCACUGAAAGACUAAGGAUUAAUCUGAGGGGCAAAAAGGCCUUUAUGGGGAGGCUUGUCCAAGAGAGGUUUCUUUUUCCAGUUUGGGCAUAUAAAAGAGUAGGAAUUUCACGAGGCGUAGUUUAUGAAAGGGUAGGGAAAUCUGUCAUUUGCCGGGUAAUCAAAAGGUCAUAAUUUAAUGAAAAUAUUUCGAAUAGAUCCAUGUCAGGUUCCCAUUAUAUCAUUCAUUAAUAACUUCGUUAAAAGGUUCAGAAAAGGUAUGCAAUUUUCUUUAAUAGGUAUGUGAAAGGGGUACCUUUUUUUCAAUGGUAGGUAAUGGGGUUGCGUUUUCUGUCAAAAAUGAUAUAUAGAAGGGUAAAAGGGGUUGGACCUUGUGUACAAGCCUCCCUGUAUAUAACUUUGUGUGUACUCGUUCCCCCAGUGGAUUUGUUGUAGUGCAAUUUUUUUUCUGGUUUUAAUUUUUUUUGAACCAGUUCAAAAUUUUUAAGCUGGUUUUAUUAUUUUAUACCAGUUUUAUUUUUUUUCAGUGAUGACUUGGUGUUUGUACUUCCUUACCAAACAUCCUGAAGUACAGGAAAAAGUUUACCAGGAAAUAGAAGAAGUUCUGGAGGAUGAAGACAUCAAACCAAUGGUUUCCUCAGAACUCAAGUCAGUGACACAGGUUUUAUUUUGAAGCCCCUCUUUUCAUUCACAGUUCGGUAGAACCCCACCAUGCGGCCACUUUUAUUUGCCGCAGUGAAGCGAUCAUACAUUUAAUAGUAAUAAUAAUGAUAAUAAUAAUAUCAGAGUUGCACUCACUACAGAAGUACCAAAUCUUAGAGCAGUAUUAAAAACGGUGCAGUAUAAACGUCUUGUAGAGAUGUAGAAGAGUUGCUCGCUAUGGCAUAUAACUUACUGAUAACUUAUUCACUCUGAUUUUUGUUGUCAUUAGAUACACGCGUCAGGUGAUCGAUGAGACCCUCCGUGCUUCAGUUCUAGCUCCAUGGGGCGCCAGGGUCCAUGACUUUGAUUUACAAGUUGGAGAAUAUGUGAUUCCUAAGGAGGUAUAUUAAGUACUGUUUAAAAACGAGCAGUGUGUUUUGCUAUUAAGAACAUCUUUGUAACUUACUAAUGUCAGCAAUGUCUUGAUCUCAGGAAUGACAAGUUGUUUUUAGUCAAGUUAUUUUUACAACCUGCUUUUCAUUGCGGAUAGGUUUGGCCAUAUUCAACUUUGUCUAUGAUAUGUUUGUUUAUCAUUCAUUCAUAAUAUUUCUCCAUUUCUGAUUGGCUAAAAUCACACGCAUAAGUCAUCAUAACCAGCCAUUGUUUACCAAAUUUGGAAGAAUUUUGCCGUAUUGAACUGAUGACGUCAAAAGUGCAGCAAAGUUGCAGAUUAUUGAACCGUUAACCGAGGAGACCUGGGAACGAGUUUGAGUUGUUUUCGAAGUGAGUAGUGGCGCAACAUGUUACUCGUUUCACCGCGAACUAUUGGUAAUCUUUACGCUAGAGCCUAAAUAAGCUAAGAAAUAUUUCAAGACAAGAAAAGAAGUAAAAGAAAGCUUCACACACAACCUAUCUUUUUUACAUCAUGUUUACUUAAGCCUAUUUUCCCACGAAAAAUAAUUAAGAUUGAUUGACAUGCUUCGCCUUUUUCAAAGAUUAGAAACCGCAAGUUCGCUAACUUGGUUUUAAGGAUGGUUUUCAGAUCACUUGAAACUUUCUUGAAUCGUUUCAACUUUCCGACUUUAAUGAGAUGUGAAGUAAAGUUACUUGGGAUUUUACUCAGGCCUUCACACGUGCAUUUUUUGUUGAUUAAAACUUAGCAGCUAUUAAAUCUUACUUAACAGCCUAGUGUAAAGACAACCAUUGUCUAAAAACACAGCAAGAACAGCAAGAAGACAACUCAACGGAUGACAUCUGCUAUUUGGAGUGUAUUUGCAGACCUGAACAGCCCUUUAUCUCCUAACCUUCCCAGGAAAGGUGCACUAUCAACAUGAACUUAACAUUGCCUUCGACCUCGGUGGAUAACACCCACCUCAAUCUGCAUAAUUCUUUAUAUCCUGCUGAGCCUUGUUCAAUAAUUGCUAAUUACAGUAAUGAACACUAAAGAAGUUUAUAUUUUAUUUUUCAGACUCCCAUUCUUCUUCCAUUUGGAGUUGUCCUUCAAGACCCAAAUAUAUGGCCAGAACCUAAAAGGUAAUUAUAGUUCGUAUUUCUUUGUUGUACUAUGCAACCUGUAUUAAGUGGGAAUCUCAUAUUUCCAUAACAACUAGCGUACACUGUGAACGAGGCAGCCACUUCAGUAAAGACUAUCAGGAGAACCUUAUGUUCCCUCAUGAGAUACAUGUCAAAAUGUCCUUGUGCGAGGAGAAGUGCUGUCUUUACUUUGUCUACUUUCCAUGAAGAAAAUAAUAAUGUACUAGUUGUAGGCUCGAUUAAAACAAAUAAAAAACUAACAAACUAACAUGACUCGGCUCUGCUCUGUAAGUCUAACAUCUACAACUAUCUCCCUCUUUAUGAAUAGUAAAUAUUUACUAAAUUCCUCUAAAUUAUUAUUGGUAAUAACAGUGAGAGACAUCUUUUUGAAGGUGUCUUGGUGCGCUGAUAACAUGUCUCACGUGUCUUUUUCAGGUUUGAUCCUGAUCGUUUCAGUCAAGAAAACAUCAAGCAGAUUCCAAGCAUGGCUUACCAACCGUUCGGCUUUGCUGGAAAGCGCAAGUGCCCAGGAUGGCGUUUUUCUAUCGCUGAAGGCCUGGUAUUCCUCUCUGUUCUCAUCAAACGCUUCAAGUUUCAUCUCGUUGAGGGAAAAGAAGUUAAACCUGUUCAUCGUCUGGUGACAUCACCAGCCGAGGAGAUCUGGGUCACAAUUACCAAAAGAUAAAUAACUUUCUACUACAUUAGUUGUCUACAUUAUAUAUGCCAGUUUACAUCUAUUGUUUGUUUUACAGCUUAGAGCGAAAAGUAAUGUGUGAACAAAGAUUAUAUUCCCAAAUGGUGGGGAAAUUUAGUUAUUUUUUAUUUUAAUGAUAAUUGGUCCUCAAUGUCUCGUUUCAAGAUAAAAGAGGCAUAAAGGGUGAUUAAAAUAGACUAUAAAAGAAAGUAAUCCUGUAACCAUUUAGAAUAAUGUUUUCUUAUGUUCAUACCUGGGUACGAACUCAGUGUAACAAUAGAAUGUAGAUGUUUGUCCAGCUUGAUUAGCGACAUUGUUGGAUAUAACAUGUUGGAUCCAAUUGAACACCCUGUUAGUUGGGUUUGGAUCAUGUUGGAUCAGGUUUAAUCAAAGGGUGUUUCUUGGUGUUGUGGAAACCAUUGUUGGUUCUCUCUUGUGCUGUUGUGUGGAUAUUGUUCAGUGUCUUUUUAAUCUUUUGUAUUAUGUCAUUUGGUGAUCGCAACCUUCUGCAACACUAAGGGCCUGUUUUCAUGAAGGUGUGGGAUGCCGGGUAAGUGAGGUAACCCUCUGAGGUGGAGUAACGCGCCUGUCCAUACAAUCUCUCAUAUUAAAUUGAUCGCGCUUAUAUGAUAGGUGGGGUGACCAUAUGAGACAUUGUAUGGGCAGGUAGGUUAUCCCACCUAAGCGGGUUUCCUCACCUACCUGGGGUCCCCCACCUUCAUGUAAACAGGCCCUAAGUAAGUCGGGAGAAAUGAAUGCGUGACAAACGAACCCCAAAGGAAGUCUGCGGGGAGGCUAGUAAAGGCGACAAUUAUAUUGAAUUCUGCAAUUGAAUCCACCCAUCAUUUUAAUUGUACUUUACUAAGCAAAGCUAUGAUUCUGCGCUCAUGUUUCACGUUUUAACCAAAUAACAGCCCAAAGCGGAGGUUACUAAAACAAUAAAUGAGAAAUGGGAAAUAGGAAAGUGAAAAAAAAGGAACAGAUUUGGGAAUGGGUGAGAAAGUAACUGCUGGAGUCAGGUUUUGUUCUCAAUUUCAUUUUCCCGUUCUCCGUUCUCUGUUCCUCGUUCUUCGUUUUGGUAACUUCUCCCAGAUCAUAUUAGACUGUGUCAGGAGCCCAUCAAAUGGAGCCUCCAUCUCCCAUACAAGCCCUUGGAGUCAACCCUUUCCCGAGUAGAUUUAUAAUUAGAACGGUUCCCAGGGGAGACUUCGCGCGCCGACGGUGGGAAAAGCCAAUCACAACGACUAAAUGACACUGCUAUUGUACUUCAUGAAACAGCAGGAAACCCGGUGCUGACAGGCCAAACAAAAUCAUAAGCCAGUGAACGUGACUUAAGCGUUUUCAUCCCUCAGAGAUUUUCUUUCUUUUCUUUCUAGCGGAUAGAUUAUACUGUGGAGAGUUUUAAACUUUGACUAUGUUAAUCUUAAUUUUGGUUGCUUGUCUCACAUUAAGAGGCCAUGAAGCUGGUCUGUUCAGGGGCACCCAACGGCAAUUUUCGGGAAAAUAUCUGUUCGGAAGACGAUUUGAGAUCUAGAAUUUUCGGAGCAUUUGUUGGAAAAUUUCUUGCUUGCCUGCCUCUCCUAGGAUUUUCGAACAUCUACAAAAUGGUAUUACCCAUUUUUAAAGGAUUUUGACCCUAAAAAAGGCCACCUAGAAUUUUCGGGAGCCGUUUCCUGGCUGAAAUUUUCGAGAAGGUAAGUUUUUAUCCCUAUAAUUUUCGGAUCACUAGGCUUUCAGCUAGGAAAUCCGAACAGAUGAAAAGUUUUUAGGAGAUAAAAAUAUGCCUAUAUCUACCGUUUGAAUACUAAAAUACGUUCAACAAAGCUACGUUAAGUGGUUUUGAACUAUGUCCUCAUUGGGUGCCCCUGUCUGUUACAUGCGUAAUGAUUAACUACUACCUGCAGUCUGUAGUUCUGACAGGAUUCGUUUUCUUUAGCCAAUUUUUUUGAGCGUUAAGGUUCUUAUUUCGGCUAACUGACUCAAUAUUAAUGAAAGUUCUAGUUUUUCAAGUUUUUUUCCAAAAUGCGUUUGUCUGAAUAAAUACUGCGGUUGUCUUGUCCGUCAGUUAGUGUGAUGAUUCCCUGCUAUGUUUUGUAACGCCGAGCCCAGCCAUUGUUUUCAAAAAGGUGAUCUACAGAUGCGGAUUCGAAGGAAAGAAUUGGCCUAAACUUCUACAUUAAUUGCUGCGAAUUCUCCUGUUAGUCAGUCAUAAUUCUUUUGGCCCAGAUACAAUCCAUUUUGUUUUUCUUGAGAUAAGAGGGUCUUUGGACUGGAGCGCGAUGUCACAAAUUCCACCGUUAGCAAAUUACUUUUGAGUUAGCUUUACGGUCGAGCAACUGUUGUCUUCUGUUCAUCUUUUCAAGUGCCAGUUUUAUCAGGCAACUCUCAUUGUGAUACAAGUCAGUUGUAAAGGAAGACUGUAAUUUUUCCGAAGCAUCCUCCUUAGUCGCUACUUAGGUCAUCGCUUUUGCACGCGGUGCUUAACUGGCGAAAUCCACUCCACGGCGAUGACAAAAAUCAAAUGAUCCUGGCACUUUUUCGGCGCUGAUCAUCGAAAAGUUUCAAAUCGUCCACAGAACGCUUAAUCGUCAACUCUUUUCAAGGUGCAUGCUUAAAUGUGGGAUGUAUGACGGCAAAAAAAAACAAACAAAAUAGAACCUUUCCGUGAUCCUCAGUUCGCUGCCUUUGUCCCAUCGCUUCAUGCUCAGUCUAAGGCGGGUAAUUCAUUAACUUUUAUUUCAUCCCAGAUCCCAGCGGCUGUAAAACUGUAAAAAUGGACUUAUAGUAAAAAAAAGGAAAACGGUCGAAGGACGCGCUUCUGAGUUCGACUUCAUCCAACUUCAUUUUUUUCACGGUGACAUACGAGACUCACGGAAAUAUGACACUUUUCGCGGGAAACAAGCUGUUCUAUAUAUAAAUCUACUCGGGAAAGGGUUGACUCAAGAAAUUAAUGGAGAUGGAGGCUCCAUUUGAUGGGCUCCUGACUGUGUUAGGUUAGUAACGGGCCUUACUUCUUAACAAAAUCCGCAUUCACUUGUCUUAAUUGUACCGUUGGCAAUUGUAACAGCAAGAUAAGGUAUUGUCCACGAAUUUAACUAAUUGAAUAAUUAAAUUAGAUUAAUAACUUCAUAUAUAUUUAUAGGUUUUAGUCGAGUUUGCCUUUUGGUCGAGGGUCGAGGGUCGAGGGUCGAGUGUAAAUGGUCGAGGGUCGAAGGUAUCUAGUCGAGGGUCGAGGGUAAAUGGUCGAGGGUCGAAAAAUCCUCUACAAUUAUUUUUGAACGUCGUCAAAUCAAAAUUUCGUGUUUACUCGAGUUUCCGGUGCCUGUUUUAUUUUUACGUUAACACCUAGGGACAAGUGUAUGAGAACGGGACCGAGUGAUAAUUGGGUGUUUAGUUAGCAUUCCGCCUUAUAAAAAGAUAAAAUCCACAACCAGUUACAAUGUGCUCUCAGCAGCGCUUGAGCUUGGUUUACGAGAUUGGCGGUUGUAUUCUUUUUUGGCAGAAUCGAUAACCCAGAAGAGAUGUAUACCAAACGAAUUGCGGAGAAACAAAAGUAAAGACGCGCUUUAGGGUGGUAAAAAAAAAACAGACGCGUUGUAUGGCGUUGUUCUUUAUUUGAUACAGUCGAAUAUCCGGUUGCAACCACCUACUGUAAGCGACCGCCUCUGCUCAGCUACCAGUUUUCCACGCAAAUCACUAUAUUUGAAACCUCUUGUAUGCAACUACCUCUCUUGAAUGAUUCCGACCGCUUUUUAGAGCUAAAAGUUUGAAAUUUGCUUCUACUUUUUAACCAACUUUUUAACCAAUCGUAAGUGAUCACUUGACAGAUAAGAGAGCGGAAAUUGGAUAAUAAGGUGUUGUAGCAUUAUCACAUUCUUAGGCAGUACAAGAGAUAGAAAUUUCUCAAAGGGAAGUACCGGAUGUUUUCUCGAAAUUGACUCACAGGGGCGGAUCCAGGAUUUUUUUUAGGAGGGGGUGCACUCGUCUCUUGCUCUACUUCAACACCAAUAAACCACAUAGUUUUUUUGGCAGAAUACCAAUUGUAUUAGAAAGCAGCAGGUC